AUGUCUACGCCCCGUCCUGAUGCGCAGCUCAUCGCAAGCCUUCCCCCCGACUUAUUGAGGACAAUACCAGCCGGACAACCCCCACCAGGUAUCCAGCCAAACUUCGCAGACCCCCCCACUCGGGUCCCAGUGAUUCUAGGCGUUAGCAUACCAUUCCUGGUCCUGGCUCUUCUCUGCUUCUCCAUUCGUAUCUACACGAAGCUCGCCAUAGCGAGGAACUGGAAGUGGGAUGAUUUGACUUGCUCGUUGGGUUUCAUGUGCAGUAUCGUUUAUUUCGGGUCAGUAGUCAACGGAUGCAUCAAUGGCGCAGCAGGUAGACACAUAUGGGACGUCCACCUGGACCUGGUCUUGGACAAGAGCAGCCUCUACCAAAGCUACAUCACGACGAUCAUGGUCACGCCGGCUUUGGGUUUCAUCAAAAUCAGCCUCUUCAUCCAAUUCUACCAGCUAUUCCGCACCCUGCGCUGGCUCAGGAUUUGUGUAUGGGUCGGAGCUCCCAUCUCUGCUGCCUUCUACGUCGCUGUCACAAUUACAGCGUUUGUGUUGAAUAGUCCGUGGCCGGGGGAGAGCUUUCUCGAGGCCAUAUUGUCAUGGCAUUACCUCAAGUUCGCAGAGUUCUCCAUCCCGACCGGCGUCAUCGGCAUGGUAGUCGAUUGGUACCUCCUCAUCCUUCCGAUCCCAGCUGUCUUGGGCCUACACAUGUCCACUGCGAAGAAGCUUGGUGUACUGAUCGUAUUCAUGACUGGAAGCCUUGCUGCGGUCGCCUCCACUGUGAGUCUAUACUACCGCGUAUACCUCGAUACAGACCUGAGCGAUCCAACAUGGGGUGUCGGCUACGUUUUGCUCUGGGCACAAAUCGAGAUGUUCGCUGGCGUCGCCGCCUCGAGUAUGCCCACCGUCAACCAAUUCUGCACUCACCAGAACUUCUCGCUCACGUCCCGGAUAUCGUCCUUCAGAUCCAACCUCAAGCACUUGUUAAGCAGUUCGACAAGACCCUCACGGUCCGCACGCGAGAAGCUCCCUGAUCAUAAUCCUAGUUUCACGGAUUGGAGAGGGGUCAAGACACAAACUAUGAACGACCGCGAAGUAGGUAGUAUGAGAGAUUCGAAUUCGGAUAGCUACGAGCGCAAAGUGGCGGAAGCUCCCCGGAUGACGGACCCGCAAAUCCGUCUUACACAAGCCUACUCUGUCACCCAUGAGCAGCUGGACGACUCAACGUCCAGGCAGGUAGUCGCAGAUCGCCAUCUUUAA